AUGAGUUCGGAGGAUUUGAACCAUCCAAUUGAAGCUUUUCACGAUAGCCGUGACGAGACACAAAUCUUGCACUUAUCGCCUGGUAGCACUGACGCUUCACGAGAGGGCGAAAUGCAUCAAGAGUCCGACGAAAACCCAACGGUGGCAGGACAGAAAACGCAAUGGCGACAGUGCAAGACUGUAGAAGAAUUCUCUCAACUUUCAAAGCAGCCCAAGGAAGUGGCCAGCACGCUCAAAAAACUAAUGGAGAUGCUGGUCACCCCGGAGACUGAGAUUAUCACAUUUGUGCAGGAGCAGGCACCAUUAUACUUGCACUCCGUUCAAAAGAUGCUGCAAGACCGACGGUUGACCGGUAUCAGUUGGAGACAACUUUCAGGGACUAAUGAUAAUAUUGACAACGUUGUCUCUAUAUAUCCGCAUUUUUUGGCUAUCAGCGGGCUUCCGUCUGAGAAGAGCGUCAAGAAUUAUCAUGAUCUCCUCUGUGUCCUUUUCCCAGAGAGAGCCAUUCAGCAAUACAAUCCCAUUGUUGUAUCGGAGGCAUUUUUUCAGGAGCCGAUAGACGCGACAAGAGACAUUGCGCCGACAGUGUACGAGGAAACGGUCUUGUUGUAUCGAAAAUAUAACCCGGCUCUUCACCUCGCCCCCUACACGUCGUGGAAUGGACCGUCUGGUAUCGGGAAGAGCAAGACGACAGAACAAAUUUCCGACAAGAACUUGAAUUACGUCGUAUACGCAAGCUUGGCCAAACCCGACUCCGGCGCCUAUCCGGAACGUUCCCCAAUUGCAAACAACAUCAGGGACCUUGACUCUCGUGACACGAUGACAUGCUUUUUUGAGUGCUUUCUAGCGGCGAGUCUCGUAAAUGUUGAACUUUGCCGCGAGCGAAAGAUCAGCCCUAGGGUGUUUUUCCAAGUGCAAGUGAGACGAGAAUUCAUCGUUUUUAACCAAGAAAUCGCUUCCUGUAUCAAGAAGUUUGCAGACCAAGUUUGGGACACAUUUGAGAAGUCUUCGGAUCAAGCGAAGAAUCGGAUUCGAUCAUACCGGAUGAGCACCAAGGACAACAAACCAGGAUCCUCCAUGGCGCUCGUAUAUCAAACCAUAGUCGACGAACACCUCGAUUCAUACAGACAUCGUGCCGAAAACUGCUUCUCGUCCUUGGUGGCUCACCUGGAGAAUUUCCCACGGCUACCUAUCGGAAAUCGAAAAGAAAUCCCUCCUCUUCAGGAGCCUGCAGCGCUGAUCUGUCUUGACGAAGCCGGCGAGCUCUUCGCCGACGACGAUUCCGAGAGGUUUUUAGCCCUCAGAAGAGCGAUGAGAGAUAGAAUGGCCAUGAGACACAAAGAAUCAAAAAAGACCUUUUUUGCGAUCUUGCUCGAUACAUCGUAUCGUCUGUCUCUGUUCCUGCCUCCAAGGGGUCGGGACCCAAGUUUAAAAUAUCUGAGACCUGGUCACCUUCUGGGGCCAAUAUUUCAAAUUAAUACCUUUGAUCUUUUCGGUAGUGUGACGGACCCAGAUGUGAAUAUAGAUGCAGCACAGCUUUUCAGCCUCGGACGUCCCUUAUGGGGCACAUGGAUUCGAAAGUUCGGAUUGGAAGCUGCAAAGUCUCUUGCGCGAAGUAAGAUCUGCGGAGGCGACCCCAGUCCACAACCCAUUAUGACCAAAGCUCAGGCUUUGGCAUUGCUCUCGUACCGGGUGAAUUUUUAUGUAGUGCACCAUGAGCUCGCAGAAGAAUUAACAUCGCAAUUUCUGCGAUAUAUUGUUGGGGUGAACAAGGACCGGACUCUUGUUCAAACACUCCAGCCCUCGGAACCGAUUCUGGCUUGGGCGUCCACACAGGUGAUGAUGUCCCCUCAGUCACGUUUGCAAGUAGUCAAAAGAUUUUUUGACGCGAUCUCAGAGGGUUCCAUCAAUACGGGUGACACUGGUGAGAUGGUCGCCGCGCUGCUAAUGUUCUUUGCGUUUGAUCAUCUUCAUGGCACCGAAAACCCAAAACUGACCCACGCGCAUCGAUUUCUAAGCGGACUUCUUCCUGACCAAAUAAUUCAAGAGAUCAAAGCUCGUCAGAAGGACUCUUCACAAAUCAAUACCAUCCUAUCAGAUGGUAUGAUAUUCUUCAAUCACGCUAUUAGGAUGAGAGAGCCGCCGACGAAAGACACCCUUCGUGACGCCUUUCUCCGCGGCGCCAUCAUCUAUCCCGAGAAAAAUUUCGCCGGUACAGAUAUUAUUAUCCCGGUGUUCCUUCCUCAUCCGAAAACUCUCUCUUGUAUUCUUGUGCAGGUUAAAAACUGCCUUCAUUUCUCGAUCACCACCGAACUCCGGGCUAAUGCUUUCUCGAGCUUCACCAAAACCGAAAGAGUCGCAUCCGCCUUUCUAGAUGAUGCCUUCCCUUACAUAGGGAUCUUUAUGUCCCUUCGUUCGUUGAAAUCUCCAGCUGCAGAAGUUAUCCAUCCGACUCCACACGGUGCAGCUACUCGGGCCACGACCACCACCGACGAAUCAUCAACCAAUAAGCAGAAAACGGGGCUCAGAAAAAUGGGCAGCACGAUCUUCAACAAGACAGUUUCGUUCGGCGUGAAAUAUGAAAAGAGUGCAACGUAUGGGUGGACGCCUCGCCACAAAGUGAUAGUAGUCACUUCUGGCUUGGACACUCGGCUUUUUCCCGGCAUCGGGUUCCCAGAGGAGCAUUCGGGGGAAACUGAGACUGAGGAGAUUCUCACGUAUUUGGAAAGUCCUAGAUUGUGCCAACGAUGGGCUGCCAAACGCAAAGUCAACCUUUCUCGAGAAACUUCUUCCCCUCGGCUAAUCCCGAAUCCUCUCGCAAGUCGGGUCACUUUCUCACUGUUCUCUAUUUUUCUUCCCCCCCCCCCUCCUUUCUUUGCCUUCUAUUAG